CCUGCGCGCGCGCACUCGUUGGAGCAUUCCGGCUCCUGGAGGGACUGCUGCGCGGGAGAUCACAGGGAAGGCAGAGACCCGUCGGCCCCGAGAUGUCGUACAUGCUCCCGCACCUGCACAAUGGCUGGCAGGUGGAUCAGGCCAUCCUCUCGGAAGAAGACCGCGUGGUGGUAAUUCGAUUUGGACACGACUGGGAUCCUACUUGCAUGAAGAUGGACGAGGUUCUGUACAGCAUAGCUGAGAAGAAAUGGCAGAUAGUGGGGGAUCCUCCUCACCUUGUUACGAGCCCUGUUUGGAAACCCCAGCUGUAUUAAAGUUAAAAAUUUUGCAGUUAUUUAUCUUGUGGAUAUCACAGAAGUACCUGACUUCAACAAAAUGUAUGAAUUAUAUGAUCCGUGUACUGUCAUGUUUUUCUUCAGGAACAAGCAUAUCAUGAUUGACCUGGGUACUGGCAACAACAACAAGAUCAACUGGGCCAUGGAGGACAAGCAGGAGAUGAUCGACAUAAUUGAGACUGUGUACCGUGGGGCCCGGAAAGGCCGCGGUCUGGUUGUAUCCCCGAAGGACUACUCCACAAAGUACAGAUACUGAGCUCCUAGCCGGUCCUGGUGCACACAGGUGCCAUGGAGUCAGUCCCACAUGGACACAGUCUAAACUCUUGAGAGCAUCUGAGGAAGUAUGUGUGGCUCAAGGAGCUGGAGGGUUUUACAGUGAGGGUGGCAUUGCCUUUACUUUCAGUCUACUUGAUCAUUGUAUUUUUGUAUCAGCAAAUAUCUGUAAAUAGCUAAAUAAAUACAAUACCUGGCGACAGGAACAGU